AUCGUUAAUAGAAGUUCAGAAUAUACUAAGGGUGCAAUUUCUAAAUUCUAAAUAAUAAAAACAAUAAACGUUUAUUUUGCUAGGAUUACAAAUAGACAAAAAUGAAAUCGUUAAUAUUUGAAAUAGUACUGUUUUAUCUGUGUGUUAAUCAAUCAAACGGAUCGACAAUAAUCGAUAGAUUGACCCUACUUAAAAAUAAUAUAAAGAACAACCAAGUGCAGAUCAUAGAGCUUGGGAACGCCACAAAUGAGGACGGUGGAAAGCAGCUGUCCGGUCGAAUAGUGUUAGAGGACCCCGAACCCCCGAUUGUUCCUGCAGGCGGGCAAGAACCAACCACGUCCACACCGGAGUUACCUUCCGAUGUGUUGUACGAUAUGACGGAGGGUCUCGAUAUCGUCAUUGCCAUGGAUAUGAGCUGUUCGAUUUUACAAGAAGACAAAAACAAAACAAUCGAUCUUGUUUACGACUUAUUUAAAUCAUUUUUGGAGAUUUUAGAAAAAUCACGAAUUACUGUUGUUACGUUUUCGAAGUCUCUCGCUACGCUCGGAACCGUGACAACGAGCAGAGAAGACGAUCAUGAUACCUUGGCGGGAAGGAUAGCAGGUAUUAACAUCACAGAACGAAAUUGUAAAACCCGAUCGUACCAAGCAUUUGAACAAGCUGACAAUAUGUUCUGCUGGGUCGCGAAGGAUGAUGGGAUUGAAAGUGUCCCGUGUGAGUACUCAUUUAAUCUUUUGCUAGUGGUUGGCGAUGGGCGAUCUUGGCCCGUGAAAUCGAGAGUCAAAACACUGAAUCUUGCAGUUAAAAUGAAGAAAAAUGACGUCAGGAUCAUCUGGGUAGAGACCCCGACCAGAGUUCUAAAAAGAGACAUUCCAUCUGACAUUCUCGAGGUCGUGUCCGAUGAAAGUUUAAUUUUUCGAAUGGACAACUUUACAAAUACAAGACUGGUUCAGAAGCUUUUGAGGGUGUCUACGGAGAUUAGACAUGACGAAAUCUGAUGGAUGGGAAAUUAUAUAAAGAACUUAUUUCGUUUAAUUUGUGAUAUUUUAGAGUUCGAGUUAUGAUAAACAAUUUUCAGGCGUCCUUACAACAUCAACAUCAUAAAAUAAUUUACAAGUUGGGAAAUGAUCAACAAAUCGGCAAUAAUGACGGCAACUGAUGAAAACUGUAAUUUGUAAAUAUUCUCAUAAAAAGGAGUACCCAAUAUGGAGCCUCGUGGAACGCAGUUACUAAUACACACAGGCGUAUUACUUUAUUGUUCUUUACAGGAAUUGUUCUUAACGGAUAUGAUAAACGAAAGCUCUCACAAAAAGGAGAUCUAAACGCACAAUAAUAAAAAGCAGUUUUCUACAAAAAUAAGAAAUGAUGCAAUUAUAAACCAG